CAGUGUCACUGAUGAGGUCACAGAAUAAAGCCAGGGUCCUAGUAACCGUGGGGAGCCAGCAUCCACUUUGGCUGGGGCCAGCUGGAGGCUUCAGCACAGCCCAAGCCAACUGCCACUCGACAGCUGGAGCGCCGGCCCUGGGCGCUGCCUUCACAUUAUGAAACCCCACUUCACGGGUCACAGGGGAGGACAGUUACCAACCGAGGGGACCACUCUUAGCUUGACCAGCCUUGAGUCCACAGAGGACAGCGUGGAAGUGUGGCCAGGGACCCUAAAGAAAGAAGAGCCACCUCCACAGCCAGGGCCCGCCACUCCCUACGCGGAGGACAUCUACCGUGCUGCCAGGGGCCGGGGCCUGCUGGGCUGGAGCAGCUCGCCCUCGUCCGAGUCCUCCUCCGAGUACCGGUCCUACUCGCAGUGCCCGUCGUGCUGCUCGCGCACGUGCGGCGAGGGCGCGGCCCCGCAGAGCGUGUGCGCCUUCUACACGCACGUGCAGACCGUGCGCGGCGUGGCGGUGGCCUGGGAGACCGAGGCCGGCUUCCAGCCGGUCAGCAGGAAGCCGCGCAUCCGCGAGGCGCAGUUCAUCAAGCGGCAGCGCCGGAAAGGCUCCUCCUUCGAGAUGGCUUCCAACACCGACCUGCGCUGGGACCUGGAGGCCUGCAAGAGCCCCCGCGGGCCCCCGCCGGACGACGCGGAGCCGCCGGAGUGCAGCCUGCAGGAGCUGCGGGCGCCCCCGGACUGGCUGGUCACCACGGGCUACGGGCUGCGCUGCGUGGCCUGCUGCCGCGUCUUCCCCUCGCUGGACGCGCUGCUGGAGCACGCCCAGCACGGCAUCCGGGAGGGCUUCAGCUGCCAGAUCUUCUUCGAGGAGAUGCUGGAGAGGAGGCGGGCUCGAGGCCAAGCGCGGGAGCAACCGGAGGGGGAGGGGAAGGGGGAGGGGGAGGGGGAGGAGGAGGAGGAGGAGGACGAGGACGAGGAGGACGAGGAGGAGGAGGAAGAGGAGGAGGAGAAGGGGAAGGAAGAGAAGGAGCAGAACCCUCCUGACAACGGCGAGUGCUCCCGCGGCAAGCCGCUUCCUCCGCAGCCGCAGGAGCCGUGAGCGCGGGAGGUGCCCACCCUGCCCGCACCUCCACACUUGGGGCUUCCCCUCCCCCGCCCGCAGGAUCGGGAGCGUGGGGCAGGGAGAGGACAGGGUCGUGGGUGGAAGUGAGUGGCGCGGAGAGCAGCCAGGGCCGGGACACUGGGCAGGAAGGAGCCUUCCCCAAGGGCACGGCGUUUCCACCGGAGUCCAUUUCAAAACCCAAAUCCAAAGAAGAGGGCUUCCAGCGUUUCCAUGGUGGGCACAAGAUCUGAACCCUGCAAACAUGUGGCCAGAGGGAUUUCUAUUUUUGCUGGUGGAUCAAGCAAGUCCACACUUGCUGUGUAAGUAGACGUGACUCACAGGAGAGCCAACUGCAAUGAAGAUUUGGCCCUAUUUUUUUCAUUGUUAGGAAUGCGUCAUAUGCCCUAGUUCUAUGUCUUAUGUUGUUGGGAUUAAACUUUAAUAAAUCAAAAUUGAAGGCAGUGAG